UGAAAACCUCUUGUGACACUUCUUUUGAUUCUAAACGAUGGAAUCGACCUUUGCGAUAUAUAAAAAUGACCGGGUUGAAAAUGCUAUAAAAAUGAAAUGUCACAAUAUUUUUUUAUACAUGUCAGUGAUGGAAAAGAAAAAAUAUCUUUUACGUAUCCACCCAGUUUAGCAACUUUUGGGGAAAUGAUACAAAAAAAAAUAUAUUUUUUCACACCAGAAAAAUGGUUUUCUGAUGAAUUGUAUACUGAUUGGAGUUUUAUCAAUGAACUAAAAAGAAGAAAUUUGAGUAAGGAGUUUAUAAAAAGAGUCGAAUCUUUAGAUAAGGAAUCUUUUGAUCUGGGCAUACUUGAAAAAAGGACUCGAUUCUCUAAUAAUGAAACUAAACGAGAAUACUUGCCUAAACUAUAUGAUCCUUUCUUGCAUGGACCCUACCGCGGAAGAAUCAAAAAAUGGGGUUCCCCUUUAAGCAUAAAUCAAACUUAUAAAAAAAACACGGAUCCAUUUUGGAUAAAUAAGAUUCAUGCUCUACUUCUUACUACUGAUUAUCACGACCUUGAACAGACACUAGAUACACUCAAUAUAAAAUCAUUAGCAACAGAAAAGAACUCUCUUUAUUGACAUUGACAGAAGAUGAACAGGGAAAUAUCGAUUCCGAGGAUCGAGUCAAAAUUUUGAAAUUUUUAUUCAAUAUAGUUAUAACUAAUCCCAACAAUCAAACAAUUAGAAAAAAAUCUAUUGGAAUAAAAGAAAUAAGUAAAAAAGUUCCUCGAUGGUCAUACAAAUUAAUCGACGAUUUAGAACAACAGGAGGGAGAAAACGAGGAAAAUGUAACAGCAGAGCAUGAAAUUCGUUCAAGAAAAUCCAAGCGCGUCGUGAUUUUUACUAAUAACCAGGCAAACGCCGAUACUUAUACUAAUACCAAGGAUGCUAAUGAUCCUGAUCAAACAGACGAAGUGGCUUUGAUACGCUAUUCGCAACAAUCGGAUUUUCGGCGCGACAUAAUAAAGGGUUCCAUGCGUGCCCAAAGGCGUAAAACAAUUACUUGGGAGCUGUUUCAAGCAAAUGUACAUUCCCCUUUUUGGACAGAGUAGACAAACCACUCUUUUUUCUUUUGAUAUUUCUGGACCGCUGAAACGAAUAUCUCGAAAUUGGAUAUGUAAAACAAAGAAUCAAAAUUUCUGAUUAUACAGAAAAAAGAUCGAGAAAAAGACGAGGCCAAAAGAGAAAAUACAAAAGAGAAGAGAAAAUGAGGAUAGAAAUAGCAGAAGCUUGGGAUAGUCUUUUACUUGCUCAAGUAAUAAGGGGCUCCGUGUUAAUAACCCAAUCAAUUCUUAGAAAAUAUAUUAUAUUACCUUCACUGAUAAUAGUUAAAAACAUUGCCCGUAUGUUAUUAUUUCAAUUUCCUGAGUGGUCUGAGGAUUUAACGGAUUGAAUCGAGAAAUGCAUGUUAAAUGCACUUAUAAUGGUGUUCAAUUAUCCGAAACAGAAUUUCCAAAAAACUGGUUAACAGACGGUAUUCAGAUAAAGAUCCUAUUUCCUUUUUGCCUGAAACCUUGGCACAGAUUUAAACUACAACCCUCUCAUAAAGAUCCAAUGAAAAAAAAGAAAGGUCAAAAGAAUGAUUUUUGCUUUUUAACAGUUUGGGGAAUGGAAACUGAACUACCUUUCGGCUCUCCUCGAAAACGGCGUUCGUUUUUUGAGCCUAUUUUUAAAGAACUAAAAAAAAAAAUAAAAAAAUGGAAAACGAAAUGUUUUAUAGCUUUAACAAUUUUAAAAGAAAAAACUAAAUUGUUUCGAAAAGCUUCAAAAGAAACAAAAAAAUGUAUCACUCAAAGCAUUCUAUUUCUAAAAGGAAUAAUAAAAGAACUUUCAAAAAUAAAUCCAAUUCCAUUUUUUGGGUUGAGAGAACCAUAUGAAUUGGGCGAAACUAAAAAGGAUUCGAUAAUCAGUAAUAAGAUGAUUCACAAAUCAUCCCUUCAAAUUCAAUCUAUGGCGUGGACAAAUUAUUCAUUAACCGAAAAAAAAAUAAAAGAUCUGACUAAGAGAACAAACACAAUCAAAAAUCAAAUACAAAAAAUUCUAAUUAUAAAAGACAAGAAAAACGAAUUUCUAACUCAAGAAAUAAAUAGUAGUUCUAACAAAAUAAGUUAUCAGGAUAAAAUAUUAGAAUCAUCAAAAAAAUUUUGGCAAAUAGUAAAAAGAAGAAAUAUUCGAUUAAUCCGGAAAUUCUAUUUUUUUAUAAAUUUUUUCAUUGAAAAGAUAUACAUGGAUAUUCUUCUAUAUAUCAUUAAUAUUCCAAGAACCAAUACCCAACUUUUUCUUGAAUCAACAAAAAAAAUGAUUGAGAACUUCAUUCACAAUAAUGAAGCAAAUCAAGAAAGAAUUAAUAAAACAACUAAAAAUACAACUCAUUUUAUUUCAACUAUAAAAACCUCACUUUCUUCACUUUCUAAUAUUAGUAUUAGAAAUAAAAUGAAAAAGCUUUUGUGACUUAUCCUCCUCUCACAAGCAUAUGUAUUUUACAAAUUAUCACAAACCCAAGUUAUUAGUUUUUAUAAAUUCAAACCUAUCCUUCAAUAUCAUGGAACAUCUCUUUUUCUUAAAAAUGAAAUAAAAGAUUAUUUUGAAGAACGGGGAGUAUCUCAUUCCAGAUUAAGACAUCAUUAUGGGUUAAGACAGAAAAUUGUUUGGCAUUCUGGAAUGAAUGAAUGGAAAAACUGGUUAAGGAGUCGUUAUCAAUACGAUUUAGUUCAGAAUAGAUGGCUAAAAUUAGGACCAGGACAAUGGCGAAAUAGAGUCAAUCAACACUAUCUGGCUCAAAAUAAACAUUUAACAAAAUGGGAUUCAGAUGAAAAAGAAAGAUUAAUUCAUUACGAAAAAAAAUGAUUUUCAAGCGAACUCAUUACUAACUCAAGAAUAUAAACUGAAUCAAGAACAAAAAUAUAAAAAAUCUAAUUUUAAAAAACACUAUGGAUAUGAUUUUUUAUCAUAUAAAUCUAUUAAUUAUCAAGAUAAGAGGGACCCGUAUGCUUAUGGAUCACCAUUCCAAGUAAAUAAGAGGAAGAGAGUUCUUAUCAUUACAACAUGGAUAAACAAAAUUUUUUUGAUACACUGAGGGAUAUCCCCAUCCAUAAUUAUCUAGGAGAAGGCGAUAUCCUAGAUGCUAUGGGGAAUUUUUCGCACAGAAAGUUUUUUAAUUGGAGAAUUCUUGAUUUUUGUCUUAGAAAUAAGGUCGAUAUUGAGUCCUGGGUCGAUACCAGUACCAAGAGUAAGAAAAAUAUUAAGACUGUGGUUAAGAAUUAUCAAAUAAUUGAUAAAAUGGACCUUUUUUAUUUCACAAUUUAUCAAGAUCAAGAAAGCAACCCAUCCAAUAAAAAAGGAAGCCAUUUUGAUUGGAUGGGACUGAAUGAAGAAAUACUAAGUCAUCCUAUACCGAAUCUAGAACUUUGGUUCUUCCCAGAAUUUGUGCUGCUAUAUAAUGCAUAUAAGGUUAAACCAUGGAUCAUACCAAUAAAAUUACUUCUUUUCAAUUUUAAUGGAAAUAGGAACAUUAAUAAAAAUAUUAUUGAAAAUAAAAAAAGGGACUCCCUUAUAGCACCAAACGAAAAACAAAUUAUUGGAUUAGAGAAUCGAAAUCAAGAAGAAAAGAACCCAUAGGUGAAGGGGGUCUUGUAUCAGAUGCACAAAAACAAGGAAAUUUUAAAUCCGUUCUCUCAAACCAAGAAAAAGAUGUUGAAGAAGAUUAUGAUAAAUCAGACAAAAAAAAACGUAGAAAGAAAAAGCAAUACAAGAGCAACACGGAAGCAGAGCUUGAUUUCUUCCUAAAAAGGUAUUUGCGUUUUCAAUUGAGAUGGGAUGAUUCUUUAAAUCAAAGAAUAAUCAAUAAUAUCAAAGUAUAUUGCCUCCUGCUUAGACUGAUAAAUCCAAACGAAAUUGUUAUAUCCUCUAUUCAACGGGGAGAGAUGAAUCUGGAUAUUUUGAUGAUUCAGAAGGAUUUAACUCUUAGAGAAUUAAUGAAAAAAGGAAUAUUGAUUAUCGAUCCAGUUCGUCUGUCGGUAAAAAUGAUGGACAAUUUAUUCUAUAUCAAACUAUAAGUAUUUUGUUGGUUCAUAAAAUAAACACCAAAUUAAUCAAAGAUACCAAGAAAAAACUAUAUUGAUAAAAAUCAUUUUAUGAAUUUAUUGCAAGACAUCAAAAGAUGACUGAAAAUAAAGACAAAAAUCAUUAUGAUUUGUUUGUUCCUGAAAAUAUUUUAUCCCCUAACCACCGGCGAGAAUUGCGAAUUCGAAUUUCUUUCAAUUCCAGGGAUAAAAAUGGUAUGCAUAGAAAUGCAGUAUUUUUAAAUAAUGUAAAAAACUGUGGUCAAGUUUUGACUAAAAACAAACAUCUUGAUAGUGAUAAAAAGAAACUAAUUAAAUUAAAGUUCUUUCUUUGGCCCAAUUAUCGAUUAGAAGAUUUAGCUUGUAUGAAUCGAUAUUGGUUUAAUACUAAUAACGGCAGUCGUUUCAGUAUGAUAAGGAUCCGUAUGUAUCCGCGUCUGAAAAUUCGUUAAUGGUACAUUUUAAUGGUACAUUUUCCCCUAUAUUAUGUAUGUAUCGUGACGGGUAUAUGAAAACAAAUAGAUGGUCACAAGGAUUGUCUUACAUUUUAUUCUGAUACACGAUACUAAUUUAAUGACAUACAUAUCAAUUAGAUCGACAAAUGAAUCAACAAAAUCCUCUUAUUUGAACUCUAAAAUUUUCUCUUUUGUAGAAAUCUCUCACUCUUUUGUAUCCCUAUACGAAUCAAAUCGAAACCCGGAUUGAUUAAUUUUAUUUGAAAAAAAAAAUGAUAAAGUUCAUAACGAACUUAAAAUCAUCGUGUAUAUCAAAAUGACUGGUAUUAUUAUUACUGAUCAGUAAAAUUCACAUUCAAAAAAAGGGGGAAAUUUUUUGGUUUUAUGGUAAAAAAUUCAUUCAUCUCAGUUAUUUUUCAAGAAAAAAAAGAAGAAAACAGGGGGUCUGCUGAAUUUCAAAUAGUUAGUUUCACCAAUAAGAUACGAAGACUUACUUCACAUUUGGAAUUGCACAAAAAAGACUAUUUAUCUCAGAGAGGUCUACGUAAAAUUCUAGGAAAACGUCAACGACUGCUAUCUUAUUUAUCAAAGACAAAUAAAAUACGUUAUAAAGAAUUAAUUGGUGAGUUGGAUAUUCGGGAAUCAAAAAAUCGUUAAUUUGCAAAUUUUGAAUUAGUCGAUUUAUUAGAUUUUCAUUUUGAUGUACUUGUUUUCGUUUUCAACAAUUCAUGUAAGAAUGAAUCGAGGAAAAACUUAUGAAUCUAUCAGCUACAGAAAAAGACCUUAUGAUAGUCAAUAUGGGGCCUCACCACCCAUCAAUGCAUGGUGUUCUUCGUCUCAUCGUUACUCUAGAUGGUGAAGAUGUUGUUGACUGUGAACCAAUAUUAGGUUAUUUACACAGAGGAAUGGAAAAAAUUGCGGAAAACCGAACAAUUAUACAAUAUUUGCCUUAUGUAACGCGUUGGGAUUAUUUAGCCACUAUGUUCACGGAAGCAAUAACCGUAAAUGGACCAGAACAGUUGGGGAAUAUUCAAGUCCCUAAAAGGGCCAGCUAUAUCAGAGUAAUUAUGUUGGAGUUGAGUCGUAUAGCUUCUCAUCUAUUAUGGCUUGGACCUUUUAUGGCAGAUAUUGGUGCACAGACCCCCUUUUUCUAUAUUUUCAGAGAAAGAGAAUUAGUAUAUGAUCUAUUCGAAGCUGCCACCGGUAUGAGAAUGAUGCAUAAUUAUUUUCGUAUCGGAGGAGUGGCGGCCGAUCUACCUUACGGCUGGCUAGAUAAAUGUUUGGAUUUCUGUGAUUAUUUUUUAACAGGAAUUGUUGAAUAUCAAAAACUUAUUACGCGAAAUCCUAUUUUUUUAGAACGAGUUGAAGGGAUAGGCGUUAUUGGUGGAGAAGAAGCAAUAAAUUGGGGUUUAUCCGGCCCAAUGCUACGAGCAUCUGGAAUCAAAUGGGAUCUUCGGAAAGUUGAUCAUUAUGAGUGUUACGACGAAUUUGAUUGGGAAAUCCAGUGGCAAAAAGAAGGAGAUUCAUUAGCUCGUUAUUUAGUCCGAAUCAGUGAAAUGACGGAAUCUAUAAAAAUAAUUCAACAGGCCCUGGAAGGAAUUCCGGGUGGUCCCUAUGAGAAUUUAGAAAUCCGAUGCUUUGAUCGAGAAAGGGAUCCAGAAUGGAAUGAUUUUGAAUAUCGAUUCAUUAGUAAAAAACCUUCUCCCACAUUUGAAUUACUGAGACAAGAACUUUAUGCGAGAAUGGAAGCCCCAAAGGGAGAAUUAGGAAUUUUUCUGAUAGGGGAUCAAAGCGGUUUUCCUUGGAGAUGGAAAAUUCGCCCGCCGGGUUUUAUCAAUUUGCAAAUUCUUCCUCAGUUAGUUAAAAGAAUGAAAUUGGCUGAUAUUAUGACGAUACUAGGUAGCAUAGAUAUCAUUAUGGGAGAAGUGGAUCGUUGAAAUGAUAAUUUAUACGACAGAAGUAGAAGAUAUCAAUUCCUUUUACACAUUGGAAUCUUUAAAAGAGGUCUAUGGGAUCAUAUGGAUGUUGGUCCCUAUUUUGACUCUUGUAUUGGGAAUCACAAUAGGUGUACUAGUAAUUGUAUGGUUAGAAAGAGAAAUAUCUGCAGGAAUACAACAACGUAUUGGGCCUGAAUAUGCCGGUCCUUUGGGCAUUCUUCAAGCGCUAGCAGAUGGAACAAAACUGCUUUUCAAAGAAAAUAUUCUUCCAUCUAGAGGCAAUACUCGUUUAUUUAGUAUUGGACCGGCUAUAGCAGUCAUAUCAAUUUUACUAAGUUUUUCAGUAAUUCCUUUUAGCUCUCGCCUUAUUUUAGCCGAUCUCAAUAUCGGUAUUUUUUUAUGGAUUGCCAUUUCAAGUAUUGCUCCCGUUGGACUUCUUAUGUCAGGAUACGGAUCAAAUAAUAAAUAUUCCUUUUUAGGUGGUCUGCGAGCUGCUGCUCAAUCGAUUAGUUAUGAAAUACCAUUAACUCUAUGUGUUUUAUCAAUAUCUCUACGUGCGAUUCGUUGAACUAGAAACUUUUAUUUUACCUAUUCCUUUCGUUCUAGAAAAUAAGUUGAGUUGAUAAACUAAAUUAGAUAGUUAUAUAUGAGUGAAAGAAAGCAGCUUAUAAAUUCGCAGUAAAUUAAACAAAAAAAUAGAAUCUCAUUUCCUAUGUACAAAAGUUAAGUGGAAGAAAACGUAAGCGGAAGAAGUCUUUACCCCAAGACGGGUUGAUUAGUCAAUCUAGCUUGAAGCGGGCUCAAAAGAUCAACUGUAUAGAGUUUUCGCUAUCCUUUGUAUGGAUUCCCAUACAUGUAUUGCUAAACAAACGGGGAUUGAACAAAAACGAGUGGAUGGUUAGGAACACCAAAAUACAUAAAGGAUUGGUAAUGGAGAUUAUGUAAAUUAUAUAAAAAGAGACUUCUGGAUAACAUAAAAAGAAUACUAAUUGGGGCUUUAAAUUCGUAGAAAUGACUAGGCAGUACUCCCCAUGAUUCCGGUCCAGAGUAUCCUCCUAUCUGCCGAUUAAAGUAAUGACUAUCAGGAACGAAAUAAUCCUUUACUAUUUUUUAGUUUAAGCCCCAUUCGUGGUUUUAUCAGAUCCGAAAGCAGAAUAGGAACGAAAAAGAAACAAUAAAGAAUAAAAAAGAAAUCUUUUUUUUUAUUCUUUCUUUCAUAGAUAUAGAGAGAUCUAAUCCGUGUCAUGAUUUAUGAGCUAAUGGAAUGUUUCAUUUUUUUCGUAAUAGAAAACAAUGGGUUGAAAUAUCUAUUGAUAUUCUACAAGAAGUAUUUUAUUGAAGGCUUAAGUUAUUACUCAACAAAUAAAAAUUGAAAUUAUGAAUGGGCGAGAUCAAUUCAGAAGCACUUUUUUUUUAUUCUUCAGAAUAUAGCAGACGGAAUUCCAUUGGUAUAAUUUUGGACCUUCCAAUCUAUUUUUUCUCUAUCUAUUCUACAACCAUACGAAGAUAAAUAAUACUGAUUCGGUCCUAAAAUUUAUUUGUGACCCACGAGGAGCCGUAUGAGGUGAAAAUCUCAUGUACGGUUUUGGACUAGCGAUGUAAACAGUGAUGUUAUCAUCGACUAUAAUUAUCUAACAGUUCAAGUACAGUUGAUAUAGUUGAGGCGCAAUCAAAAUAUGGUUUUUGGGGAUGGAAUUUGUGGCGUCAGCCAAUAGGGUUUAUCGUUUUUCUAAUUUCUUCUCUAGCGGAAUGCGAGAGAUUACCUUUUGAUUUACCAGAAGCGGA